AUGAGAUAGUUGAGAUAGGCGGCAUUUGUCGAGUUUCCCCCUUGUAGGUAAAGUAUUUACAAUUCAACAUUAAACCAACAAAAGUGACUCGUUUUGGUUUGUGAAUGCGCAAAUCUCUCAAUAAUACCUUGAAAAAACGUACCGGAAAACGACAGGAAACUAGACGGGCGGGAACUAUCUCAUCUCGAAUGAGCAUUCGGCAGCAUUUGUGGAGUUUCCCACUUGUAGGCGUGAGAAAACAUCUCUAAAUGUCAACCAUCAUGUUCCCGUCAAUCCGCUAUAAAGCUCUGGACUAUGACUUUGAGGCCCGCAGCAGGCUGAAGGUGAUGAUGGACGUGUUGGCUUUACCGACACCUUACCUGACAGGCAGCCAUCACCUGUACCCUCACAGUGGGGCCCUGGCAGGGGCCACCUACAGGCAGCCGUGGGUCCGAGGAAGCACCAUCUCCACCUGCAGCAGUUCUGCGCUGGACGACCUGCGAGGCACAGCACGAGAAAGAAACUCACCAGACAGAUUUCACGUCUCUGGGUGUGACGCAGACGAGUUGGAGGUGUUUGUUUGCGCUAAUGCUGACUCAGCAGGGCUCCCUGACCCGGACAAAGGGCUCUGUCUUUUAGAAGAGUCUGAGGUCAACAAUCCGUGUGGGGAAUCUUUUUACAAGAUGACGACAGAGAAGAUGGAUCCCGGAAAUAAGAACAAGGAUCUGCUGCUGCCAGAAGAGAUGAUGGUGGCAGAUUUCCUGCCACAUUUGAAACGACACUUGCCCGCCUUGAAAAGCAAACUGUCCCGGCUGAGGACUCUCCCAGUUGCCGACCCCCUGCUGAGUCUGCCCGGAGACGCCAUGACCGAGGAAACAAUACUCAGGCACUGCGUCGCAUAUGAGAGAGCGUCUGACGUCAAGCAUGGCCGCCCUCACCUACCGCCGAACAUCACCCAGACCUUUUUUAAAGAGUCCCUAACGAAGGAGGAGUGUUUGUUAUUACCCGAGCUUCUGGACAGCGCAAAGAUUCUCAAGCACCAUCACAGCAGCUUCUCAAGCCUUUGCUGUGACGUCAACGUCGUUGCCGAACACCUGGAUGAACAACUUCCUGUCAUGGAGGUGCCUUCUAAAGAUGAUUCGCCGUCCGUGGAAAUGUCCCCCUUUUCUUUACCGGUGUGGAGCGCGAAAGAAGACCGGCUGAAGUACACGGACGAUGCAGGACGCACGGUCCUUCCGACCGAGUUGGAGCUGGACGUGACCUUGUCUCCGCCUCCUGUCUCUGACGGCCGCCAGUCUCACGUGUUACUACGGACGUGUGACCUAGAGAGGGAGGAUUUGUCUCCGCCGGGCGAACUUUGUUUGGUGUCAGCCGCAGUUCAGCAGCAGAUGGAGAUGACGCUUUGGAAGGCGGAGAAGCAUCCCGACUAUGUGUUGAGCUUCCUGUUUACAGAACCUGAGCCACAAGAAGCCGCUGUCGACUUCCAGCCUCUGAGCGAAGCGUUGACGCUAAUAACGUUGGAGAGUUUUGCUUCAGAGCUGGAGACCAGAGUCUUAUUUGGCAGCUGCAGGGAGUCUCCGGAGAGGCUGAGUGCUGAUCUUCUUUCUUUUCAUGACAACAACCACAUGUUGGAGGAUUUCAGUAACGUGUCUCUAGAACCUGAUGAAACAAACAUCAUCUGGUCAGAAGCGGUGAGCAGCACUCUGCUACAGCCUCACCUGGAGGAGUCCCAGAAUGCUGCUUUCCCUUCAAAAGCAGAAGCAGACUUUUCCGGUGACAGAAAAUGUCCAAAACUCACUCCCAACAUAAAGGAAGUCCAACCUUCCACUGGCAAAGUUGAUAGAACGGCUGACAAGAGUGGAUCUGUACCUGCUCCUUGUUUGAAGAACGUCAGCCAAUCAAAACAGAGAGCCCAGAAAAUCGCCUUCGGGGUGAAGGAAGACCAGAGAAGUGUCAUGGCUGCCUGGCGCCCGGCGCAUCAGCAAGUAGACUCGCUGACCACCUUUAUGAUGCUGAGGUCACAGCCGGUGUCUUCCGUCCCAGAAGCAGCACCAGCGCAGCAGGAAACAGCAAUUGAGUCAGAGGAGCAGCAGCAGCAGCCUCCUGAGAUCACACACACGCUGGCAGAGAGGACGCUGAGCGCCGCUGCAGCAUCAGGACACGCCACCAGAGGGCAGAAUAAUGCUGACGCUGAGAUGCCUCCAACCGACGCUCUGCGCUUCACCCAUGAUGGCAGCAGAGUGGUGGAGGUCCAGGCCACAGACAGUCAGUAUCAGGCCUACCGUGAGCUGCUGGACUUCGCUCAGCCUCGUCUGACCUCUGCCAGGGAGUUGGGCCUCAACCUGCCCGCCUGGAAGAACUUUGAGCGCCUGGCUCCGGACCAAACGCGCUACGCUCUGCGACAGCAGGAGUUGGCGCUGUGCAGGAGGACGCAAGCGGAGAGGGGGGAGCUGGUCAGAGACCAGGAGCAGCUGCUCCGUCUCGUGGCUCUGGUCCACAUGCUGGUCAUGGCCAAAGAGCUGGUGUUCAAGUGUGACCUGAGCGCCGCUGCCGAGUACCUGAGCAAGGCUGUCGAGACGAGCGCUGACCCGAGUCUGGCUCAGCUGCUGAGGAGGCUGCAGAUCAUCCUUUACCUCAGCAGAAGGAACGGCGAGGCCAACCUGAAACUGCUGGAGCUGCUGCAGCUGAUGUCGGUGCAACUGCACAACAGCGGCGACACGCAAAAAGACAAAAUUCUGGUCAUCAUAUCACUUCAUCGUGAAGACAGCACAUCUGCAAUCAUCCAACACCUGAGCCAACUGACAGCUGUGACUGCUGUACACCCAAGCGAGAACAAGAGCAAGCUCAACGGUGCCAGUGUCGUCAGCAGCGUGCAGGAGAGUGUGUGCGUGAUAGUCUACCAGCAACAUUUAGGCCCAGACUUCCCCUGGAACCUUUUCUCCCUGGUGGUGGAGUACGACCACCCGGGCCCGUCGCCAUGGGCGACCAUCUGCAAAGAGCGAAAAGUGGAGCACCUCAUCUUCGACACCGUCCUCCCCGAGAGCGCCCCCUGGUGCCUGGAGGACACGGUGGCGUACGUGCUGCUGGCGACAGAGACGCUCCUCAACUGUCCGCUGCUGCUGCAGGCGCUGGAGUCCACGUUUAACGUGUCGGUGCUGGAGCGCAAUCACUGUCCGUCCCUGCAGACUCUCGGGGGCACGGACAACUACAUCGUCAUCACGGUGGACGAACGCACCGCCAUCAUGGUUCAGGAGCAGGAUGAGCUGCAUCAGGAGCGUGCCAGCGAGGUGGUGGUGAUGAGGCUCACUGCUUUAUCCUUCCAGUACACUCACUGCUGGAUCAUCUUGCACUGCACAGAUGAAGGCUUUUCCAGCCAAGCCUUCAGCAACCUGGUGCUGGUCUACUCCUCUCUGGUGCUCCUGGGCCUGAAGUCGGAGGACCUGGAAGUCAGGGUGCUCAUCGCCUCGGAGGUGUCGGAAGUGGCCAGGUGGGUCAAUCAGAUCUGCUUCCUCAGCUUGAUGUCCAGCGGCCAGGACCCUGUCACCUACCUGGACCGAGACUGGCUGGCUGUGACGUGCUCACAGGAGGAACAGUGUGUGUCGCAGUUCCCCAGCAUCAACCCUUUGGUCGCUCAGCUCAUGCUGAAGAGGGCGCCCUCGUUGCCGUGGUUACUGCGGGCCUCGCCGACCCAGCUGGAGGAACUGCUCCCUGAAGUGCCGCACAAAGUCUUGAAGCUGUUCUGCGACACCGCCUCGCUGUGCAAACCAGCCGAGUCGGCGAGUCCGCCGAGGAGCCCGUGGACGGUCGACCCGCUUCCUUCGCGAGAGCUCGCCCUCCCCGAGCCCGACGCGUUUCCAAACGACGCCAACCUCAGCUUCCUGUUCGGGGAUGCCGACGCCAGCUUCGACCCGCAGGAAGACGGCGGCGCUUUCAAACACGAUCCCACUUGGCCCGCCUUCAGCCCGGACGUUUCCAUCCUGACCGGCGAGGAGGCGACGUUAUCCGAGCACAAAAGCCGAGCCGGAGCGCUGGGUCGGGUUGUGGAGAGCAGAAGCCAGGAAUGGUCUCGCUGGGCUCGGGGAUCCUCCAGCGCCGCACUGGGGAGUUCGCUCAUAUUAAACGCCGCCUUGGGCGGAGCCAGCGGACGUCUUAGCCCGCCUCCAGAGGUCCAGCUGUGGCGGACCGAGCCGCAUGGAACCGGCGAGGAGGCGACGUUAUCCGAGCGCAGAGGCCGAGCCGGAGCGCUGGGUCGGGUUGUGGAGAGGAGAAGCCAGGAAUGGUCUCGUUGGGCUCAGGGAUCCUCCAGCGCCGCACUGGGGAGUCCGCUCAUAUUAAACACCGCCGUGGGCGGAGCCAGCACACGUCUUAGCCCGCCUCCAGAGGUCCAGCUGUGGCGGCGCGGAGGUCCUCCGGGCAGAAGUUCACACGCGUCGGCUCGCUACGGGUCCAGAUGUUUGAGUGGACAAGAGAUGAAGAGGAGCGAGGAACCCACAGGGAUGCCAGUCCUGCCGCCGCUGAAGAGACGCAGGCUGAUCUACGAGAAAGUGCCGGGCCGCAGCGACGGGCAGACCAGGCUCAAAUUGUUUUGAGCGUCUUAUGUCGCGCGCCGUUAAAUCAAAGUUCCCCGUUUUCGGUAUUUAUAUCUUUCCUAUUUUAUUCCCAUCGCACUUUGUUGUCUACUUAUAUAAUGUUUGUGUUGGUGCGGCUCUUCAGAACAAUAAAAAACAACAACUAUUUUCUGGCCUAAAAAAAAGCUGAGUGGCUAAAAAGGCAUUUAAGAGGAUGUGAAAAGCAGAUUUUUUUGCCCCUCCAUUUAGUGAAGCAAUCCUCUUAUCGCGGCCUCAGCAUGUGGAGAGAGUGCUUAUCUUGACGAGCCAGCAGAGUGAAGCGGCUCCCUGAGGAACGAUCCCCCCCCCUCAGACAAAGACCACCCCCGGGACCCGGAGGCUCCGGACAGCCUCAUCCCGCACUGGCUGGUCGGCAUCAAUAACCCGCCAUCUUUUUCUUUUUCUCCACCCCGCCCUCCGCUAACAAGCCUGCGACGGACACAGACAAUGCGGCGGGUUAUUUAAUGGCGCGGCGGACAAGGAGGACGGCUCGGCAAAUAGCGGCGUGAUGGCGCAGUAAUUGUCACUUCCAGCCGCGCUCUGAAAGACGGUGGGAACGGGCAGGCGGUGCUGAAAAGGUCACCUCGUUAUCUGCCAGCCCAGUCGCAGUUAAAAGUGUCACCUGUGUGCUGCCGGGGCGACACAGGUGAUGGAUGUGCUGCCGGUGCCGUGCGAAAAUCUGUAUCCCUGAAAUAUUCUGUAUCCCACACGUGGGGGCGGAGCUCUGUGCCUUAUUUAAGUUUCUGUGUAAUUAGCAAUGUCAAUGGUUAUAAAUAUUAUGUAUCCUUUAUAGGCUUGCAAAGUUACGGGAAUAUUCAAAGUUAGAAUCUUUCCAUUGGAAUUAAUGGGAAUAAACAUUG